AUGAUCUUGUUAGCACCCUUACCCAUACCUGCUGCUGAGCAUCAGACUGAUGAAAAUACAUUCAAUGAAAAUAACUCUUUACCACCAAGACAAGAACACACUAUUCAAGAAAAUGCUCCACAUGUUGAGGAACCAAACUCUCAGCCACCAACUAUUGAACACCCCAUUACUGAGCUACCUACUGCCAGGGAUAACUACAGUCUAACACCUGAGAUUAGUAAUGAAAUUGAUACCCAAAUACAGACACAGAAUCAAAAUACCACAUCUAGUACCCCAAGAAGAAGCAAUAGACAAAGAACCACUCUCCAUUGGCCUCAAGAUUUUGUGACAAUUUUCAGGCACAGUGAUAAUAUUCACCCUACGAAGCUAGGUUUUCAAGAAGAAGAAGAAGAUGAGGGGGAUAUUGCUGAGUUUCAGAUUGAAAGAAACAGGGAAACAGAAAUAGAUACGCAAGAAGCAAUGGCGGUAAAGGGCAAGAGACAACCACACGUAUUGGCUGUUCCGUUUCCAGCUCAAGGACAUGUCCGGCCACUCAUGAAAUUCUGUCUACGAAUUGCCAGUCGAGGGAUUAAGGUUACAUUCGUUAACACGGAAUACAUACAUGCAAAAGUUGUUGCUGCAAUGUCUGAGGAGGAUAAGAAGCAAAACCCGAUACAACUUAUCUCGAUACCAGAUGGAUUGCCACCUGAUGAUGACAGAAGUCCUGGAUUCGAGUUAAUGGAAAGUGUUGUAAGAACGAUGCCGGGAAAUUUGAUGAAUUUGAUAGAGAAAAUUAACGGUCGAAGCAGUGGUGAAAAGAUUACUUGUGUAAUAGCUGAUAUCACAAUUGGAUGGAUACUUGAUGUCACGCAGAAAUUGGGAGCUGAAUCAGUAGUCUUCCAAUCUGCUGCAGCAGCAGGAAUGGCUAUGGUACUUCAAAUUCCGAAGCUUAUUCAAUCAGGAAAUCUUGAUAUAAAUGGAUCUGUCGAGAAAAAUGAAUUGAUCAACCUGUCAGAUAAUAUACCUACCUGGAGAAAAAAUGAACUUUCAUGGAGCUUCCCCGGUGACCCAAAGACUCAAUUGAUAGUGUUUGAAACUUUCAUGGCUGCCGGAAAAACAGCACGUCAUGCUAAGUGGCUGCUCUGCAAUACAUUUUAUGAACUCGAACCAUCAGCUUGUAAUUUGAUUCCCAACUUUCUGCCUAUUGGACCAUUGCUUAGUACUAACAAGUCGAAAUCAUCUGCCACUGGAGGGAGCUUUUGGCUAGAGGAUACAACUUGUUUUAGCUGGCUAGAUAAACAAGCAAUUGGCUCGGUGAUCUAUGUUUCUUUCGGCAGCAUAGCUGUUUUCUCUCAGGACCAGUUAAAUGAACUAGCACUGGCUCUUGAACUUUCAGGCCGGCCAUUUCUAUGGGUCGUUAGAUCAAAUAUUGCCAAUGGAUAUCGUGUCAAGUACCCAAAUGGUUUCCUGGAAAGAGUGGCUAAACGUGCAAAAAUUGUCGAAUGGGCACCUCAGGAAAAAGUAUUAGCUCAUUCUUCUGUCGCCUGUUUUUUAAGCCAUUGUGGAUGGAACUCGACUGUGGAGGGUUUAACCAUGGGAGUCCCUUUCCUAUGUUGGCCUUAUUUUUCGGAUCAAUUCCACAACCAGAAUUACAUUUGUGACUUGUGGAAGAUUGGUUUGAGACUCAAGCCAGACGAGAAUGGACUCAGAUCAAGGCUUGAAAUUUCGACUAAAAUAGAAAUGCUUCUUUCUGACUAUAGUAUUAAAACGAAUGCCAUAAAACUGAAGGAAAUGGCUCUCGAGAGUGUAAGUGGAUCAGGAUCUUCUUCUCAGAAUUUCGAAACAUUUAUCGACCAUCUGAAGAAUUGA